AUGCUCGGAAGAUUUUCCUUGCCAACCGAAACUCUGUCUUCAGAGUUAAACGGCCAUGAUGUAUUCAAAAAACGAGUCAAAGUUGUAUAUUACAACCGCAACAGAUACGGAAGGAUCAGAAAGGUAUGUCAUGGUUAAUAUUGUGUUUUAUGUUUAGCAAAUCCUCGAAAAAUAUGUGAGAAAUGAUGCACAUUGUGGGUUGAUGUCUUGUACUUGCAAUGGAGGUGCAUUGGAGACAAAAAAGCUUGAUCCUGUUACGAAUCUUGUUCAGAACAAGGUGAUGAACUUGUCGCAUGUUGUUAUUGUAGAUUCUCAAGUUUUGUUCAAGUUCCUGGACAUUUUUGUUGAGGGAAAGGUUCCGUGAGUUUAUUAAAUUGUUUUUCCUUGAUUUUAGAUAUUAUUUUGAUCAAUUUUGUAUGUGAUUUUGAGUUUUAUAAGCUGAUAUAGAUCAAGGCGUUGGUUUUAUCUAAAUUUUGGUCAAAUGCUUCAAAGAAACUGUUGUUUUUGCUGAAGGGUUAGAGAAACAACUUUUUAAGGUGUUAAAUAUAAUGAUACAUUUUUCAGGAACGUUAUAAUUCCGUAUUCCGCUUGGAGAACGAUAAAACAAAGGAAUCGGAAGGUGUUCAGUGCUUUACAAGACUUGUAUGGAACUGUUAACGACAAUUUCUAUCUGUUUGACAAUGAAUUUUUUAUCGAAACUUUGCCAGAGGGUCCUUUGAGUCAGUCUGAUGGGUAAGAAUGCCUCUAACUUCAUCUUAAUUGCGCCUUUUGUAAAAUUAUGUUGGAUUUCCUUUUUUUAGUGAAACAAUUUUGAUUGGAAAGAUGGCCAACUAUUUGUUGGAACAUUGGAGACAGUUUAAGGUGGUGCCGAUUGUUUUAACGAUGGAUGAUACUUCUUUGGAUCAAGUAAUGGUCUACUACAAGUAUUCUACAACGUUUUUGAAUUAUGUCAAAGGUAAGACUUGUUUAUUGUUUAAGUAACUUAACAAAACUUUCAAUACUUAUUCAUAGGUACUUGUUUUAUCUUAUUUAAAGUUUUAUGGACUGUGUAAAGGCUUGUAGUUGAAUGGAAGGUUAAUUUUGUAUCAAAACAUUGAAUUUCAUUCAGGUUUUUGAUGUUGUAGUAGGGCAUUGAGUUACUUUUGUCGUUUUUCAUAGUUUGUUCUGGGUUUUCAAGGCUUUUUCUCGGUUUUCAUGGUGUUUUCUUUCUUGUUGAUAUCUUCUUUGUCGAUGGAAAGCAGGUUUUUGAUAUUUUGUAGCUCUUUCUUUUCAUUAUCAUUCAAUUGCUUAUCAUUAUUUUCAUCUUUUAGUUCGAUGCACAUACAUCGUCUAUACGAUAUGUCGGUAUUGUUGCUAGUUGUAGCGUUGAGUUCAGUUAAGGUCGUCACAUUAGAAGCUUGAUAUGAGGUAUUGAAGGCCUUGUCAUCGCAAAUUUGACAUGAAGCGUUAAAGCUUGGGUUGUCGAAUGGUGGACAUGAGAGAUUCAAGUUUUUGUCAUCACAACUUUGAUAUGGAUUAUUAAAAACAGUCUCGUUAAAACCCGGAACAUCUUGACAUUUCAAAUCACUCAUUUCAACCAUUUCCGUACCGUUCUGUGAACAGAGCGGCAUACAAUAACAAUCACAAUGGGCAUCCUCAUCUCGAGGACAACAAUGUGAACAGCAAAAAAUGAAACAACUGGGCUUAUUCUUUCCAACACUAACCGGUAAAUUAACCUCCAUAUUGCGGGUCAUAACAUCAAUUGUGUACAUGAGGUUGAUUUUCAUCAAACAAAGGGGUAUUGAACAUAUUAUACAUAAUGGUAGAGAUAUUAAGAGUAUUAAUGCCACAAUAGGGCUGAAUGAUGACUUGAUGCGACUAGUUUUGUUGAUCUUUUUGAGUAUGAUAGGCUUGGCUUUGUGGUAGAAUGUUAGGAAUUUUUGGUAGGAUUGUAGGGUCUUCUUCUUCUCUUUUGGGUUUAGGUAACAUUGCUCGGUUACUGGGGAUACGUUGGUAUCAAUUAUGUUUAUUACUUGCUGAAAUUGAAAAGAUUAGGUAUAGUUGAACUUUUUCAAAUACUUCUGUGCCUCUUAAGCACGGGUAUUUGCGUUGAGAACGGGCACAGAAUUAUUUGCAAAACUUAAUAUUAAAAGGUAAUCUCACCUGAAUCUGACUAAAUUUUCGGUCAACUUCCUUGAAAUUCAAGUGUUUUUUCAUCUGUAAUCUGUUGAUUUCGAUGGUACACCAGUCGAUUAAUACUUGAGCGUUUAUCAUCUCCUCAGGGCCUUUAAAAUUCAAAUAGAUGUCUUUGAAUUCAAGUGGAGAUAAGUUGGCAGAAGAUUGAUUCAUAAUAAUGUUGUCUAACACUACCGUCGGAUAACGACGAGUUAGCAGUAGGAGACGGAAGAACCUUAAAGUAUUGAGUUUAUGGCUUGAAAAUGAUAUUAUAAGGUUUGCAUAGCCUGAUGAGAACAAUACCAUGAAGGAAAAUGUUUAAGACAAGUUUUGGCUUACUUGAUAACAGGUUGAAACAGUUUCACAAUAGGUCGAGAUAAGUAUUCAGCUAAGUAUUGGAAGCUGAAAUAUUGAUUUUAAAAUGAUUUUUGUCUAAUUUUUCACUUACGCGUAGAAACACUGAACACAACAACAAAAACAAAUCGAAAUUCCAGUAUAACAUAAGCAGUUUGAUACUCUGAAAGAUUUUUUAUAGACUUGACAUAAUACAACUAAAAAAUGUUGAAUUCUUUAGCUUAUAACACGUUGACAUACGUUCUACCAAUGCAAGUGUCGUAGUAAACCCAGGUAAAGCAGUUGGUUAUCGAAAAGUAGCUAAAAAUAAAAAAAUAUAUAUCAACAACCUUUACAAGACUAUAAUAAUGAAGCAAACACUAACUUUAAAUAUCUUAUUCAAAGAUUAUUAGAAUUUUGCCUAAACAAUCAUAACUUACCACUGUCCAAAACAAGUCACUACAGACUGGAAAAACCUUGUGAGACGUGAAUUUCGUGUUCUACACAUACAACAACGACAUUUUUUACGUUGUGUUACAGGAACGUUAGUACAAGUCUUUGGUGGCUUUUUGUCACUUCUAACAGACUUUAAUUCUUGUUUACAGUGAGAUUUUCUAUGUUCAGUAGACGCAAAAAUUGAUUUUUUUGUAUCGUCAAACUUGACAGUUUGUCUUGUAUCAAUCUGUAGCGUUGAUGAAUAACCAGGCUCACUUUUGCGUCGUUUCAAAGUACUGUAACUGGGCGUAUACCGGUAUAUAGAAGGAGGUAAAGUUGUUGGUGAAUAAGGCACAUAAAGUUGAGAACUGUUGUCGGUAAAACGAAAAAUGUCGCUUUGAGUAGAGGGAGAAAAAUUACUUUUAAUAUGACUAGAAUUAAAUUCUUUGUUCAUUUAUUAAUUUUAAAGUCAAAAUGAACAUAAAUAAGGAAAAAAUGGUAGAAAUGAAGUUAAUAUCAAGCUGUCUGAUCGGAAAAUUUAUUUUAUUAAUUUUGAAGUUGACAUAGACAUGUUUUUUUUGGAAGCUAUAAUUGAUACGAAAGACCAAUCUGGUUAAUUUUUGCUGGCUUUUUUUGGAAAUAUUUUAGAUAAACCAAAUUUAAAAACUGAAGAGAUAUUUUCAGAAAGUAUACCUUAACUUGCAAUUAAAAAAUAAAAAUUUUGAUCAGAUAGUUUAUUAUUAACAUUUUUCUGUGAGACAACUAGAUAUUAACAUGAUUUCCAUCAUUUUAUCCCUAUUUACCUGUGUUUUGGCUUUAAAAUUAUUAAAUGAACACAGAACUUAUCUCAAAUCAUAUUACUUCCACUCAAUGUAACUUAUCUCAUUCUACUCAAAAGUGGCAUUUUUUGUUUUACCAAAGAUAAAACGUCUCAAUUUUCUGUGCCUUAUUCACCAACUACUUUACCUCCUUCUAUCUACCGGCAUACGCCCAGUUACAGUACUUUAAAACGACGGAAAAGUGUGCCUGGUUAUGCAUCAAUACUACGGUUUGAUACAAGACAAUCUGUCAGGUUUUACGGUACAAAAAAAUCAACUUUUGCUUCGACUGAACAUACAAAAUUUCAGCGUGAACAAUUAAAGCGUGUUAGAAGUGCGAAAAAGCUAUCAAAGGCUUGUAAUAAGGCUCCUGUGACACAACCUGAAACAUUUUGUUGUUGUAUGUUUAGAGUAAGAAAUUCUUGUCUCACAAAUUUGUUCAUGUCUGUAGAGACUUUUUUUGGACAGUGGUAAGUUAUGAUUGCACAAACACAGGUUUGAUCUUCUUCGAAUAAGCUAUUCAGGCUAUUAUUUGCUUAGAAAUAAACUUUAUGAGUUAUAAAUAGGUUUUAAAUUAAAUCUUAUAAUCUUAAAAAUUUACUGUGAACUAAUACAAACCUACCUUCCAGGGUUUCCCAAAUCAGAUGAAAAGAAACUACUGGUUCAGCGAGUCAAAGAGCUUGGUAAAGUCGAGGAGAAGGGCGGUAAAAACCCACAUUACCCCUAUUACAUGGGUGAACGUGAAUUGGACGCCGCCGUACGAGAUGGUACCGUUCGUGUCGGCAAAUUUACUGUGACAAUGGAGAAUCGACAAGAAGCCUACGUCCAAGUCAACGACAAUCUAAAAGUUUUGGUGCACGGAGUAUUGAACAUGAACCGUGCUAUCACAGGAGAUACUGUGGCUGUGUACGUGUUUCCCGAAUCCAAAUGGCGUGCUCCAGAAGGCCGUUAUCGUACACAAGACGAGGAUGAAGAGAAGAAAGAAGAGUUUGUUAAUGAUGAAGAGCAGGAGAACAAAAAGAAGGAGAAUGUGGUACCGACCGGUCGAAUCGUGAAUAUUGUGAAGAGGCAGUUGAAACAUUACUGUGGUAUUUUGGAGCCUCCGACGGUUAAAAGUAAGGAAAUAGGGAGAGAACUCUGUUUAUAUAAUAGAAAAUGGCAAGAACUUUCUUUACAAAAUCAAAAAAUGGCAAGAACUUUCUUUACAAAACAUUAAAUGGCAAGAACUUUCUUUAAAAAGCAAAAAAUGGAAAGAACUUUCUUUACAAAACGAAAAAAGCCGAAAGUAACAAAAAUAUUGUUUUAGAUGGCAGUAGAUGCCUCUUCCGACCAGCCGAUCGUCGUAUGCCAUUGGUAAUCAUUGAUACCCGCGCCUAUGAAAUGGCAGUUGGAAAGAAAGUUCUUGCAUCAAUAGUAAGAUGGCCAGCCGACUCAUGGCUACCUCAAGGAUCGCUUGUCCGAGUGAUUGGUCAAGUCGGUGACAAAGAUGUUGAGAAUGAAGUCAUCCUUCUCGAGCACGAUGUCAGAUUCCGCGAGUUCACGGAGGAGGAACGUUCCGAACUACCACCAGCCGAGUGGAAACCAGCCUCACCGCUAGAGGCGUACAGAAGAGAUCUGACUUAUCUUGAUGUAUGCUCAGUGGAUCCGGUUGGUUGUACUGAUAUUGAUGAUGCUCUACACUUCCGAGAGAUCAGUAAGGGAAGAUAUGAAGUUGGAGUGCAUAUUGCUGAUGUCAGUCAUUUUGUCAGGGCUGGAUGCCCAUUGGAUUUGGAGGCUAGUCGAAGAUGCACUACGGUAAGGAGGGGUGAAGAGUUGGGGGUCCGGUGGGGUAGGGAGGGUUGUGUAGAGUAAGAUAGCUUAAGGCAGAAUGAGGUAGAAUUGGUAUGAUAGGUCAGGGAGUAAGGUGGAUGGGUAAAGGGUAAAGAAUGAUAAGGAAAGGUACUUUCUUUAGGGAAAAAAAGCAAGUUUUUUGUUCAUACCGCAAGAACUUUCUUUCUAAAAGUCUUUUUUUUGAAAAACCGCAAGAACUUUUUUUUACAAAAUUUAUUUUUUGAAAAACCGCAAUAACUUUCUUUACAUUCUCUAACUUUUAAGUUUUCUAAAUUUCAAUGGUAUAAUAAUAUUGUUAUAGGUAUACCUAUGUGGUCGCAGAAUCGACAUGCUGCCAGAGCGUUUGUCUUCCUUCUUGUGCUCAUUGAGAGAACACGAACUUCGCUACGCAUUCUCGGUCAUUUGGGAGCUGGACGAAAAAGCCGAAAUUCAAAAUGUUCAAUUCACAAAAUCACUGAUAAAAUCGAGAAGGGCCUUCACCUACGAACAGGCGCAGAACCUGGUGGAUUUGAAGGAGGAUGUAAGGAUUUUUAGUGGGAAUGGCAAUUCUAAAUGCCAUUUUUUAACUUCGAAAAAAAAAUUUUUGAUUUAUUGAAAAAUGGCAAUAACUUUCUUUAGAAACCUAAAAAUGGCAAGAACUUUCUUUACAAAACAGAAAAUGGCAAGAACUUUCUUUACAGAACUCAUUUUUUGAAAAACCGCAAUAACUUUCUUUACAACUUUUUUUUAUUACCGAAUUCCCAGGAUCGUAUUUUACAAAAUCUUUUCAGAACUCAGUCUUAGCCAAAUCUCUCCGCGGCCUAAUGAAAUUGUCCAAGAUAAUGAGAGAACGCCGACGCCAACGAGGCUCAUUAACUUUGGCAUCGAUGGAGAUUCGCUUCGAUUUCGACGAAAAAACCGGAAAUCCAGUUGGCGUGUCGGCCAAGAAAUCCUUGGACACAAUGUCAAUGGUUGAGGAAUUCAUGUUAUUGGCCAAUGUGUCGGUGGCCGAACGCAUCUUGAGCGAAUAUCCAGGAGCAGCGAUGUUGAGAAGACAUCCUGUACCGAAUCAAGAAGCCUUCCUACCGCUCAUUGAGGCCGCUAAGGAAAUGGGUUUUGAAAUUAAGGUGAGGAGAGGGGUUUUGGAGCGGAAACGGGGUUUUGGGAAGAGGGGGUUGAGAAAGAAGGGCAGGGCGAAAUGGAAGAAGGGGUGGUUCUUUAAAAAUUAAGGUGAGGAGAGGGGGUUUGGGAAGAGGAGGGGGAGGGAUAAGGCAAACUAGAAAAGGGAUGGUUUUUGAAAACGAGGUAAGGAGAGGGUUUUAGAGAAAAGGGAGGGGUAGGGUAGGAUAAAAUGAAAGAAGGGGUGGUUCCUUAAAUUUUUCACAAAAAUUUCAAGAACUUUCUUUUCAAAACACAAAAUGGUAAGAACUUUCUUUACAAAACAAAAAAUGGCAAGAACUUUUUUUACAAAACAUGAAAUGGCAAGAACUUUCUUUACAAAACAAAAAAUGGCAAGAACUUUCUUUAAAAGCUUUAAAAUUACUUAAAAAAUGUCAUUUUAUACCUAAUCCUCUCUUUACUUUCAGACCGACAACAAUAUUCUCCUAGCCGAAUCCCUGGACAGAGCCGUCGACCCAAACAAUCCAAAGGCCAAUCAAAUGUUGCGAAUGAUGGCCACAAGAUGUAUGACUCAAGCCUUGUACUUCCCCGCAGGAACAGUACCAACCGACCACUACAGACAUUAUGGUCUCGCCAUACCCAUAUACACUCACUUCACAUCACCAAUUCGAAGAUACGCCGAUGUUGUUGUACAUAGACAGUUGGCUACACUGCUUGGUGUAUUCAAGAACACUGAAAUGCCAAAAAUGUUUAGUCGUGCGGCGUUGGUGUUCUUGAGUGAUGAAAUGAACAGAAAGUGAGUGGGAGGGGUAGAAAUAAGGGUUUAUGAGAUGGGGUGGGGUCGUUAAGAUACAAAAGGUAAAGGCUUUCUUUGGGGUUCAAGUGGUGUCUUCUGGGGAGGGGGUAGAGAAAAAAUGAGUUUUGGAAAGAAAGUUCUUGCGGUUUUUUUGAAAAAUGGGUUUUGUAAAGAAAGUUCUUGCGGUUUUUUUGAAAAAUGGGUUUUGUAAAGAAAGUUUUUGUGGUUUUUUGAAAAAUGAGUUUUGUAAAGAAAGUUCUUGCGGUUUUUCAAAAAAAAAAGAUUUGUAAAGAAAGCUCUUGCGGUUUUUUGAAGAAUGGGUUUUGUAAAGAAAGUUCAUGCGGUUUUUUAAAAAAUUAUUUUGGGAAAACAGCUUUUGCAUUUUGAUGAAAAAAUUUUUAAUUUUGCUUUAAAUUUUUAAAAAUGAAGUUUAUUCGUUUCAGGAACCGCUUAGCACAACGAGCAAACCGAGCUAGUGUCGUGCUGAACACUCAAUUCCUGUUGAACAGCAAACCAGCUGAAGACGAUGGAUUUGUGACUCAAUUGAAGGAAAAUGGCGUUUUGGUGAGUUUAAAAUGGCAUUUUUUUGACUAAAAUGGAAAAAUUAAAAAACCACUCGAUUUUUUUUUGAAAAUUUUUUACCACGCCUUUAAAUUUUUUUGUUUUUUUUCUGUAUCCAAUGCCCUACCUUCUCUCAAAUUAAAACCUUCAAUUUCAGGUAGUAGUACCGAAGUAUGGUGUGGAUUCAGUGGUCGAAUUUCCUCUAAAUUGCACCGUGAAACUGUCAUUAUUCCAGAAGGUUCGAGUUCGCUUAUCAGUGGAAGAGAAUAAUCAAAGACGCUUUUUGAGAAUGCAAAUAAUCGACCCUGAACUGACAGAAGGCUCUGGGGAUGCUGAACCUACGGAGAGCUUCAUGGAUUAA